CUGUUUACUCAUCUCGCGCAGGAACUGAGAGAUCCUUAACAACAAUCGCCGGUUGUCUGUUGUUUGUGUGUUGAGGCUUUUGUUUACUUCUAAUGCUCUUCCGACCGUUAAUAUGAUUCGAACCCACAUUUUUAAUCACCCGAACACUCGUUUUUAUAUCGUUUCAUCGCCAUUUUAGCAGACAUCUCUCUCUUCCUAACGCCUCACCAGUCAAGGAUAACUCCCUUUGAAAAGGUUAAGUGUCUUUGUUCAGGGCACAGUGGCGAUAGUUAAUGAAUAACCUCCACAGCCUUUUGGUUACCAGCUUUUGUCAUUACACUACAUGACCCUGUGAUCCAAACCCAGGCCAAGGUUGUGCUUUGGAUUGUGACAUGCAUCUUUAAAGGAGUUGUCAAGCUUACGUCCAGAACGACCCCAAUGGAACCCAGUAAUGAUGUGGUGCUUGAUAUCAUCGUUUCCAACGUCGUAUCUGUCUUUAGAACGAGGUGCCAUCUAAACCUGCGCACCAUUGGCCUAGAGGGCACUAAUGUCAUCUACAAACCUGAAAUGGGAAAAGUUCUGAUGAAGCUACGGAAACCACGCAUCACUGCCUCUAUAUGGUCGUCAGGAAAAAUUAUUUGCACUGGAGCAACAAGCGAGGAGGAGGCCAAACUGGGUGCCCGGCGGUUGGCCCGCUGUCUGCAGAAGAUUGGAUUCAAGGUGAGAUUCUCAGACUUUAAGGUAGUAAAUGUGCUGGCAGUUUGCUCCCUGCCUUUCCAAAUCCGUCUUAUUGAGUUCACCAAGAAUAACCGGCCCAUUGCCAGCUAUGAACCUGAGCUCCAUCCUGCUGCGACAUACAGAAUCAAAAACCUGAAAUCUACAGUGCAGGUGUUUUCCACAGGCAAUAUCACUGUUACAGGACCAAAUGUGCAGAGCGUGGCAUCUGCAGUGGAACAGAUUUAUCCUCUGUUGUUUGAGUGUCAGAAAACACUGUCGUAAAACACACACACUAAUAGGCACCGGUUUGAAAAAAAAGCACCUUAUUGAAUGUUUUAAGGCUUGUAACUGUUGUACUGUAUGUGUCUCCAAGGCAGCUUUUGCCAUUUCACGUCCAAGCGGGUCUGGGUCGAGUGUUUUCAGAGUCAUGCCUUUGAACAAUGGUGUUCAGACCCCACAGCGAAUAAUGACAACCUCUUAAAGCUCAAAAGAGGACCAUUAGAGCAUUGUGUUGCUGACAUUGUGUAGUUUAUAAACAUUCCCAUUAACUGUAAUACAAUGCAUGGACACCAAAUUAAAAACUGGCAAACAGUGACAUUUAAAGAUUGCAUUUUACUUUUUGGAAAUUUUAGCUAAGUUGAUUCUAGUGACAUCUUUUAUGGCUCAUUUAAUGAUAUUAGAAGUAAGGAGUGAGAGGUUAAGGGUCAAACACUUCACAGUUUAACAGCAAAUGAUGUAUAUAUCUAGUGUAUGCUGUUGGACAAGAACAAUCUGGGUUGUGAAGGAGUCUUUGGUUCAUAUGUUUAUGUAACAUGUGACUACUUUUGUAUUUUAUAAUAAACAAAAUAAAGUAAUCCCUAUAUUAAGUGAAAA